GGGCAAAUAAAAUAAUAAUAAAAUUAAUUUUAUUUUCACAGAAUCAAUUAUUGAUCAAGAACGUGGUUUUCAAGAAGUCAUGUACCUCAGUUUAUUUAUCAUGAUUGUAGUUCUACUACUGUUAAUGUUAGCAAUGGGCCUGUGUUACCGAAAAUAUACAAAGAACAAAUUUCAUCGUCCCGAGUGGCUUGUGUCACACAAAUAUACAGACAUGUGCAGCAAUGUACCAUUUCAUAAGGACAGCAAUCCGAUGGAAGUGUUUGAUCAACUCCUAUCGCCAUCGGAUAAGAAGUUGCCACCGCAAAAUAGAGAUAGGCCUAUUGCCAGUUCGGAACUCGAACCGGUAAUGAUCACCCUUACAGAAAAUGUAAUAAGUGAUAUCGAAGAACAAUCUAUAGUAAAUACAUGUUCAUAUGCAAAAAUUAAUUUCGAGAUGAUGUCUAAAAUUCAAGAAGAAAACAAUUUGAACAUUGAAAACAAAUCCAUUUCUGUAAUACCAGCUGAAACCUCGGAAUCAUCAGGAAUGUCGUGUCUCUCAAAAUAUUCAACAGAGCAAUACGUAAAAGCGGAUUUCGGAUUCCCGGUGGUAGGAAGAAGUAACGAUUCCGGAUAUGUGACCAAUAGGCCUAUGCCUAUUAUUACAAAAACAAACUAUUUACCUGUGAAGACCAUCGUUUCGGGUGGAAGCCCGGUACAGACCCAGGUGCUACAAUACUCAUUGUAGUCGGGAGAUUUUAAAAUUAUCUACAACAGCAGAUAUAAUGUAAUGUUUAUUUAAUUAAAUUACACAGCAAGCAGUAAUUUGUUGUAAACACCAAGGAUAAC